AUGUGUGAUUCUGACCUGGCAGAGGCUCUGGAGCUGUUUGAGGUGCAGAUGCUGAAGGAGGAGCGUGUCCAGCCGGCGGAAAGCAAUUACACCGUUCUCAUUGGUGGCUGUGGCAGGGUUGGCUAUGUGAAAAAGGCAUUCAGGCUCUACAAUGACAUGAAAAAACGAGGGUUGAUCCCCACGGAGGCCACUUACACGGCCCUGUUCAACGCCUGUGCCGAGUCGCCGUGGAAGGACUCGGGGCUGCAGAGCGCCCUGAAACUGCGGCAGCAGCUGCAGAGCAAGAACGAGGAGCUGAACCUCAUCACCUACCACGCCCUGCUCAAGGUGUGCGCCCUCUGCUCAGACCUCAAGAUGUGCUUCGAUGUGCUCAAGGAGAUUGUGCAGAAGGGGCAUGUCCUGACAGCUGAGACCUUCAGCUUCCUUCUCAUGAGCUGCAUAAAGGACAGUGAAAACGGGUUCCGAUACGCCUUGCAGGUUUGGAAACAAAUGACUAAACUUGGGAUUAAGGGCAACAGCCACACCUACAACCUGAUGCUGCGCGCGGCGAGAGACUGCGGGAUCGGCGACCCCGUCCUGGCCUCUGAACUCCUGCUCAGACCCCCUGAGGACUCACCUCAGCUACGGCUCCCACCUGGGAAGCAGAAGGAAAGGAUGAGAAAUUGGAGGAAGAAGGGAUCAGAGAGUGUUGCUGUCCAGCUGGAUGUGGAAGCUAUGGAAAAGCAGUUAUUUCCGGAGAGCUUGGUGCAGCCCAAGGAACCGAUUCAGCAACAAAAUAAAAAUGUGAAUCAGGCUGAAGAAGAACCAGCUGCUCCUGACAGCCCCAGUGUCACCCACAGCAGGGCUGGAGCCUUGAUGAGGAGAGACCACAGGGAGAUGGAGCUGGAACAGGCACACCCACGCCAGGAGCUGCCUUUCUGCAACCUGCCCAACUUGUUGGAUUCCAGGAUGCCUGACGCAGCCGUGGUUUCCUUGGGGACAGUGGCCACACCAUCCCACAGGUUGGCUUUGAUGGGGGACGUGGAGGGAUUCUUGAACAAAAUGAAAGAGGACAAUGCAGAGCCCAACAUUAAAACAUUCACGUUACUGGCUGAGCUGGUGGAACCCCAAAGCCCCUCAGAGUCCUCCUUGCUGGCACUGCUGGAUGAGCAUAAAGUGAAAGUAGAUGUGACCUUCUUUAACACUUUAAUAAGGAAGAAAAGCAAACAGGGAGACCUGGAGGGAGCAAAGAGCCUGCUGCCAGCUCUGGUGAAGAGGGGACUGUCACCCAACCUCCAGACAUUCUGUAACUUGGCAAUUGCUUGCCACCAGGAGAAGGAUGGACUGCAGCUCCUCUCGGAUUUGAAGAGGUCUGGAAUAACUCCCAACAAGUACAUCUACAGCACCCUCAUUGCUGGUGCUGUGAGGAAGCUGGAUUACAGUUACCUGACGGAGAUCCUGCGGGACAUGAGGAACAACGAGGUGGCUCCCAACGAGGUGAUCAUCCGCCAGCUGGAAUUUGCAGCACAGUACCCUCCAAAAUUCGACAGGUACAAGUCCAGGAACCCAUACCUGGAGAAGAUUGAUGGUUUCCGUGGCUACUACCACCGGUGGUUAAAAGUUAUGGCUGGAGAGGAGACUCCCCACCCCUGGGCCAAAUACAGGACAGCCAAACGUGGGGUGCAGGACAGCAAGGCCGAGGCUGUGCAGGAACAGUGAGAAGGAGGAGGGCAUUUCAAGUUCUUCUAGCACAAGGAACAUGCAUGACUUGCUGCUUCAAACUGCUUGUAGUAAAGCUGCUUCUACAUAAUAAAAUAUUUUGUUUUAAGGA